AUGCAUCUUCUUCCAAACCACUGCGCAUUCGCGGCAAUCGUACUUUUGGUCUACUGUGGAGGAGUGGGCGACGUGCCUCAGCUUGCCAGCAACUUCAUUGUGUGCCGAGUUUUAAGCAACAAGGAAAAUCCACUAGUAGCACAUAUCUUUCAAAUACCACUUUUUUACGAUUUGUUGGAAGUUAAGCCUAUAAAGUUCAUUCCAGGGGCGCAUCGUUCUCAACUGGAAAAACACUGUCAAAUUUCUACCAAAAUUGUAUCAUAUCUAUUUCGAGAGCCAAAAUGCCUCCACAGAACGAACACGUCAUAA